CCUCAGUUUGACAUUUUACGCCACGAUUUGUUGUUGUUCGUAAACCGCGGUGUGCUCAUUUGCGUGUUCCGUAUUGUUGCGCCGGAAAAACAAUGUCCAAUUCACAUCUAUUUCUUAAAUCUGGUUUCCCACGAGCGCCACUGCAGAAUGGAAUCGGUCGUUAUGUGUGCCAGCUGCAGCGUAUCACCCUGAAGUACUGUAAAACCAGCGGUUCCAGCAAAGGAAUGCGCGAGUUUCUCGAGCAAGAACUCGUCGAUUUCAGCCGCUCCAAUCCGGGUGUAGUGGUGUACGUAAAGCCCCGGCGUCACCGGACGGCCGUAAUGUCGGCCGAAUUUUUAAACGGAGAGCGAACAUGGAUAAACUGCCGCAACAAUACGCGUGAGGAAAUAUCCAAAUGGAUCCAGGUGCUGAAACAAUCGAACGGUAGGGCGGAAGAGAUGCGCUUACGUAAACACUGGCAUACGGACGUGCCGAGUGUGCAGGGUGCCUGGACACCGUUCACCCAUCGUCAUCCGUCGACGAAUGUAACAGACUUCCCUAGCAAGCAGUUGUCGAAACUAAAGGAGGACGAACCGAGUGCCACAGAGAAACUAUUCGAGCUGUAUAUGGCGCAAAGGAAUACAUCAGCCAAGAGCGGGUCACCGACGACGCCAGAAGAAACUAAAUAAGAAACUGUUUUCUUGAAUUACUUUAAACAAUAAACAAUUAGUAGUAGUAAAAUGUA